AUGGCAAAAUCCCCAUCUCGCUUUUCUUAUUCAAAAGCAUUUAGAAUGCCUCUUGAACGCAGUGACAUUGGAAUCCGCAAAUCUGCUGAUUUCAGUUCUAAAGAAAAAACAAGGCGUCCAAAUUUUAACAGCAUUAUAGAUGACGCAAUUUUAUUAUUCCGUUUAAAAUUAACCAAUAAAUACCCUUUUUACUAAUAAAAAGGCAAUUUUAAUAUCUAAUUAUACCAUUUUCAAUUAAAAAAGCAUAAAAACAGAAUACAAUGAUUUACUCAUUACAACUCCUAACAAACCUACAUCUCCUGCUCGUAAACUUUUAGUUUCUCGUGCAGUCCAGCGUGUAGAAACUCAAAACUCCCCACGUCAUAAAAAGGAAUUUUCAAUUGAAGAUCCAACGGAAAUUGAACCUCCUCGAAAAACUCCUGAAAUGUACACAACAACAAUCAAGCAGCCGACUUCUAGUUAUAAAGAGCCUUUUAAGCCUAUUGAGGAUCUAGAAAAGCAGUACCAAGACUUAUAUAAAGAAUUUACUGAAAAUGAAUAUAAAAGGAGCAAAAUUUUAUAAUAAAAAUGGCUGAAUAUUGGCUUAUGGUAAAUUAUAAUAAAUAUUCAUAUAAAUAAAAUAUAGAAGAUUUGUCUGACGAAUUACAAGGAAUUAAAGGAAAAUACCAAAAACUCUUAUCGGAAAGAGAAAAUGAGAAAAUCCACUGGGAGAAAUACAUAGCAGAAUUAGAAAAUCAGCUAAAAACGAGUGGAAAUGAUAGGGAAAGCAUAGAAAGUGAUAUAGAAAAUAUUUCUAGGAGAAUUGAGGAAGCUGGAAACAAACAAAUAAUUUUGUUACAAAAGAUUAAGUAA